AUGGCCGACUUUGUCCAGCGUGUCAUGCAAACGCUGGACUCGAUGGACCCAACCAUACCACCUUCAUAUGACUCCACCGCCCCUCCUCGUCCACCAGGCUACUCUCCUUCACCAUCACAACGCCGUCUCAUGACAGAGCACCAUUUUACGCUCGCUUCACGCGGCGCGUCCCCCUGGGCAACACUUAAGCUGCUCAGUCGUUCACCCAAUCCCCAUCAACUGCCGACAAUCCUCGAAGGAGAUCGUCUGGUGGGAGUGCUUGCUUUGGAUCUUGCACAGUCAGACAGUAUCGUUGCUGUAGACAUUGUGGCGAAGGGCCAAGUUAUUCCUGGACAAGACGACAAAGACCCUCUCAAUUUUCUUGAACUCAAAUCCGUUUUGUGGGCGAAGGAUCGAGGGGACCCUCACAAUUCCUCGCUGCCAGCCUAUAAACUGGUAGGACAUUACGAAUGGCCUUUCACGAUCGAGAUUCCGAGCUCCAUUUCGGUCCCAGGAUACGCAGGAAGCUUUCGUCUUCCUCAAACGUUUCUAGAGCGCCGGUUUCCAACCAGCGUGCAGUACUCCCUUGUGGUUCAUAUCACCAGAAGCAAGUUUCGUGUCAACUCGAGAGUUCAGACCAUCUUCAAUUAUAUCCCAGCCACACGUCCACCAUCACCCUCACCUCUCAGACAACUCGCAUACCAGCAAGGCACUCAACUUCAAGGGCCGGAAGCCGAUCCAGCUGGCUGGUAUCAGCUACCACCACUCACUAUCCGCGGCACAGCAUUUAACAAGAGACGGGUUGAGGCGACAUGUCAGCUUUCUAUAGCGAAGCCCCUUUCUUUUACCCGCGGCUCACAGAUUCCAUGCAUGAUUCAUCUCUCCUCGACGGAUUGGCAGGCGUUGGACCUACUUUCUGCUCCUCGAGCGAUCGCCGUGGCGCUUCGACGUCGUUUGCGUCCUAUUCAGCCUGCAUCAAAGCGGUCCGGAAUGUUUGACGCUAAUGCCGACCUUUCGGCCGACCCAGCUGAGAAUAUGGUCUUUGCCUCAUGGUGGCCGGUUAUUGAAGAAACCGCUAAUAUCACACAUCGACGUCUGGAGGGUGAAAUUCCGCUGCCAAUGACGCUCAAGCCAAGCGCCCGGAUCGCUCACUUUGCAGUCGAGUACUCGGUCGAACUUCUCCCAUUCAAAGCUAUCGCCUUCACACCGUCGCCAGAAACACAAGGCCAUCAGUCCCUUAUGCGACAACAGGUCGAAAUCGUGACCAUGAAUGCGAGUCGGUCGCCGCCGCCGCGAUCAUACGCGCCCCCGCAGUACAGCGUCUCCCAGGCAGAGGCAGCACGCGAGAACUAUUUUGACGCAGAUGGGUUGGGCUAUGUUUGGAGGACGUGA